AGUUUCCCGACGGGACGGAUUCAGGGCCCACUCCGUCAUUCCAGGCUGGAAAACCUGGACGUUUCUGUUGGUGUCGACGCACUCCAAGAAACUCCGCUUAACCCACUUAAAUUUAUCAGAUUUUUUAAAUUUAUUCCUGUUGGACUUUCCUGCUGUUAUAAUUACGUUAUUGUGGGGAUUUAACAGCGGUCGGACUGGACAACCAGCGGUUCGUUGCUAAAACUUUGGACCGUUGUUCCGAAAGCAGUUUCCCGGUUUUCUGCUUCCUCCCGUGAAGAAGUGAGCCGCGUUCGUGCCAAGAAAGCAGGAAACGGGGCGACUUCACCCGACCGCUGGGGAAAGUGAAGUGAAAUAAAGGGAUCGAUUCCAGGAACCGAAAGAGGAACGCCUCGUUGUCGCAGCGUUAAAGACACACGCAUGGAGCAGAGGUUGGAUUUAUUAGGUUAAAAGGUUUCAGUAAUGGAGUAGCUGUGGGUCCGGCUGCUCUGACUCCUGUGGAAAUCCCCCCCCACUGAGGGCGGGACCACGGCCUAACGGGGAAACGUGCCGCCGGCCCUUGAGCAUGAAUCACACACGCUGCGGCGCUGCAGCGAUGCCACACGUCGCGCCCGGAGCUGCGGUUUCACUCUGAAACCAAACGGAUGAUGUGAAAGCGGAGCCGAGCUCAACCACAAGCGCAUCGCAUUCAACUGGAAAUGUCCCCCGCCUGCAGCUGGUGACGGGGCGGCGGCGGCGGCGGGAGUGAAAGGCCAAACUGCAUGUGCUCCUGGAGAGGGCGCCGAGGUCACCUCCUCAUAUGAAACUGGUUUGACUGGGAAAGCCGACAAGAGGCCAAUCAGAUGGCAGCAAAAGACUACAAUCACCUGUUUAAGCUGCUCAUCAUCGGAGACUCCAAUGUGGGGAAGAGCAGCCUCCUGCUCCGCUUCGCCGACAACUCCUUCUCCGGCAGCUACAUCACCACCAUCGGCGUGGACUUCAAGAUCCGCACGGUGGACAUAGAGGGGGAGCGCGUGAAGCUGCAGAUCUGGGACACGGCGGGGCAGGAGCGCUUCAGAACCAUCACCUCCACGUACUACAGGAACACCCACGGCGUGAUCAUCGUCUACGACGUGACCAACGCCGAGUCGUUUGUGAAUGUGAAGAGGUGGCUGAAUGAAAUCUCUGACAACUGUGACAGAGUCUGCAAGAUCCUGGUGGGAAACAAGAACGACGAUCCGGCCAAGAAGAGGGUGGACACCCAGGACGCUGUGCGAUUCGGGGAGUCGGUUGGCGUUCGUGUUUUCGAGACGAGUGCCAAGGAGAAUAUAAAUGUGGAGGAGAUGUUCAUGGCGUUUACUCACAUGGUGCUGCGGGCCAAGAAGAUAAGUCAGGACAGGGCUGAAAGGGAACGGGAGCGGGAGAAAGACACCGUCAACAUCAACGCCCAAAGAGACCGCGACCGCCGGAAGAGAGGGAAGAAAUGCUGCUGAGCGCUGCGACGCCAUGAUGGACCCUGUUAGAGUUUAUAUCCGUGGUUUAACCUGAGGGAUUCAGUCUGCAGCACUGACCACACGUAGCAGCUCUGAGGACCUAAAGGAGCAUUCUGGUGUUUUUUUUAAUGUUUUCUGGGCCCCCGACGCUGCGUUUGUUCUACUGAAGGUGAAAGUUUCCUAAAAUCCAUUAAAUGUUCCCGAGCGAUUCGGCUUCAUGUGCGCUCAGAUGUUUGAGGAAACGUGAGCCGGUGAUGGUCGGAACAGCCUUACAACUGCAUAUCUGAUCCAAUUCAUUCAUAAACGUAUUCUGCCAAGUUAAAAGAUAAAAGAAAUAAGAAGAAAGUUUGUGGUUUUAUGGAUAGAGGAUCAAACUGGACAUGAUUUAGAUGAUCAGCAUCUCUAUUAUAUGCUGCUUUGACUUUUCUCACCUCAAGCUGCAGAAAUAAACCCGAUCAGCAUGUAUCUUAUGCAUAUUAUUUGCAUCAAAUUUGCAGAUUUAUUUAUUUUUGGCCUUGUCUUUAGGAGCUGAAGCUUUUUUUGGCAACUCCUCAAACACUGAUUCUGAUUUCAUCAUCAAAUACUUCAAUCUGCAGAUACUUUUUGAUGAACAACUUGGGAGGGAUGCCUGUACAAUCUUUCCUGCUUCCAGAUCAGACUCCACGCUCAUUUUAAACUGAUAAUCUGAGUUCCUGCCUCAUUUUUCCAGACAUUUAGUCUCUGAUUGCUAAUGAAGUGAGUAAAAACACCAGUCUGUUUCUUUAAUUCCUGACCCGGUUACAUCGGAAAUAAAACCGAGCAAACGUCCUCAAAGGGAACCGUUAUUAAACUGUAACUUUUUAAGGUGUGAUGUGUUCAAUCUUAUGAGUCUAAAUGACAAAUCUCCAGCAAGCUCUUAAUGUUUUAAUGUCUGCUAACAUGAAAAUGUGUUCAUAUCCAAAUAAAGCAAUAAAUCUAGUGUUUUUUUUUUUUUUUUCUGUUCCACAGGGACUAAACUGUAAGAUGCUCUAAAGGAAAAAAAAGUCUUAAUGUCUUGUCUGCAUAUCGUGUAAACACGUUCGGCCUGAAAUGAUCUAAACACGCGUCCAUCUGCUGCUGUUUGAUGCCUUGAAUACAAAAUAAACCAUUUAAAGAUGCAA